GCUGAACAAUAUCGGCUGCGUCUAAUAAUAAAAAUUAUUAAAUUACUAUGUAAUAAAGUAUUAACAUAAAAUGUUUCAUUGAAGCAUACCGUGAUGAUAAUCUUACAGAUUUUGUUGUCAAUUGAAAUUGAUUAUUUUCAUUUCCAACGAAUCAUGAAUAGUUUUCAUGAUGAUGAUGAUGCAGAAGAUAGGCCAAAAUUAAUUUUUUUUAAUUUAUUGCGGGAAGAAGAUGGAGAAUUUGGUCAUGAUGAUGAUGAUGAUGAUGAUGAUGAUGAACAAGUUGCAAUGGAGCAGGAUGAGGAACAAGUUGCAAUGCAACGAGACGAGGAAGAAGAAGAUGAAGAACAAGAAGGAGUAGAUAAAGAAAUGGAAAUUCAAGAAGCAAUAAGGAGAAAAGAAGAAGAAGAAGAAGCAGAAGAAAAAAGUUGUCAAGAGUACUUGGAAAAUUUAAAUGGACUUAAUAAUCAUUUUGAAAUUGGAAAUGUUGAUUAA